AUCAAAUCAUCAAACUAAACUUUACUAGAAUCUACAGAUCUAGUUUCUAAACCAAGUGCUUACUAAAAUAAAAUUGCUAGAUCUAGGACUUUAUUGCCAUUUUUACUGCUUAGUAAUUGUAAUUCUUAAAAGUCGACGUAGAUCACCAUACAAAACAAGGCUAUAAAUAACCAAAUGAUUCAUGAAUCAUUGAAUCCAUUCUUUCAAUUUCAUUUAUCAUUUUAUGAUUGAUCAUUUGACGAUGACGACUUAGGUCUAGGUCACUUAAAAUUAGGACUUGAGUUAAUUUACCGUUAAAAGUUAGAAAUUUGACUUAGAGAGAGUCUAGAUCUAGUUAUACGUUAUAGAAUAUAAAUAUAGACUUUUAUUUUUACUCGACUCUAACUUCUAAGAUAGAAUAUAAAAAUAUAAGGGUAAUUUCCGCUUUUAGCUGCGAAUAUUAGAUUAGCUUUGAAUAAUCCAAGGUUACACCAGUAUAAAUAUUGUAAUAAUAAUAAUAGUAGCCUAUUAGAUCUUGUAUUAGAUAUGAAAGUGAACGGUCUAAUAAAAUAGACAUAGAUCUAGUAUAUUUAUUAUCUACUAGAAUAGAUAUAUAGAUUGUAUCAAAUCAAAGACUUGAAUGACUUGAAACAGCUGUGAUAACAUCAGUUUUUACAUUAAAAAAUAAAUAAAUUGAAGAAGAAUGGAGCAACAAGCAGUAUUGAAUAAAACAAAUCAAGAUAUUCAUGAUCUUAUUAGACUUUUUCUUUCUGAACAAUUUGAUCCAUUUGGUGAAGAUGUCGGGAGAGAAGAAGCAGAUGCAUUUGGUGUCAACGAUGACUACGACUUUACAUACUAUACUGAAAAGCUCGGCAGAACUCUCGCUCAGUGUGGAGAUGACUUUUUAAAACCAGCAAACAGAGAGGCCAGUGCUGAAAACAGAAACCUUCGGGAAAUAUUUACUGGUAUAGAUCAACAGAAUGAGGAGGAGGCACAGAAGAAGUUUAAUGAAAUCAUGUCAAAGUCCAUCAAAGACAGUGGCAUCACUAACCCUAUACAAAUUUUUAGAUCCGUCUUGUUAACUCUGCAUGGUUUGAAGUCUUUGGGGCGAGGCGUCACAAUGUUUGCUUCAAAACUAGCUGAGAAAUUUGUAAUACAGAGAGCCCUUAAUGAGGACAUAGCUAGAGUAGGAGGACUGAAAAAAUUUUUGGCAACGCAGUUGGAUUGAUAUCUGUACAACAUUUAGGUCAAGGUUGUGUUAUUUCAAAAAUUGUGAUCAGUAAUUUCAGUGAAAGUUUGACAUGUGCACCAAGAAUAUUCUUUGAAAAAUUGUUAUUCCCAAAAACACACACAAAAACAAUGGGAUUAACCAAUUGUGCAGAUGUGCCAAAUAAUUUUAACAGCAACAAGGAGAUGGGAGUGGAAUUCAUGAUUUUAAAAAAAAUAGAAAUUAUUUUGAAUUCAUAUAGACACAUCUUGUCUUCUAAAUGAAUGUUUUAGAGAGGAAGACUAGUUCUUUGAUACCAGUACAGCAUUCUAAAUGAAGGAGGUCUUAGUGCAAUUAAAUUCUAUGUGCCUCUUUGCUUUCUAACUGUGUCCAAAAAAAAAAUCUUGUGUGGCAUCAGCUGUUGCUGUUUUUUUUAUAUCAAGACAUUGUCAUUGUUUUAGUGUUUAGUGAAGUUAACAAAUUUUUGCUGGCCAACUUUUUCCCUCUCAGUCCAAGGAUUGAGUGUUAUGCUAACUACUCAUAAACAUAUCUAUACAUUGGCAUUGUCAGCUAUUUUCUUUUAAACUCUUCAUAACCAGAGUAUCAAAUAGUUCAAAGCAAGUUAAUGUUAUAAACUUGUUCCUGUCUAAGAGUAGAUAAUUUGUAAUCUUUAGAAUAUCAUCAAAAAUUUUUAAUGAUUUUUGUUUUUGAGACAUUGACAAAAUAAAUGUUAGGCAAAUAUUGCCACUAAAGUUGUCACCUUUUCAAAAAAAAUGUUAUAUAUAUAUGUCUAACUUAAUAAACUCAUUAAUUUAAGAUAAAAUAAAAUUAAUGUUAUAUAUAAUUUAUAAGUUAAAAGUAAAAAAGGAUUAAAAUAUUAUUGUUAUCUUACGCAUAAUGUAGCCUAAGCUUGUAUUUUUGACACUUUUUCAUAACAGUAUUAUGUUAAAAAUGUGUUUUUUAAAUAAUAUUCAUGUUCAUCUGAAUUGAAAUAUUCAUUUUAUUCGUUUGUUCAGCAUUUUUUUUUCUUAUUUAUACUAUGCAGAUAUGCUUCUAAAUAUUUUUUAAACAGACCCAUGCAAGCAAUUUAAUAUUGAUCCAAUCCAUUUGAAUUUAAAUAUUCCUUUUAUAUUCUUUUUCAUUUUUUUUUUUAUAUAAGCUAUGUAAAUACAGGAGGUCCUGAGGUUAUGUUAGUCCCAGUUACGAUGUUUCACGGUUGCAACACAUUUCCCAUAGUAUAAAGCUGGGCAGAAAAGUUUUGCCCUGAUAGAGGAAGGGUUGUCCAAGUUUUUGAGGCUGAGGAUCUCAGUGUGGGCAGGUAGCUAAGGUUGCCAGAGGAGGUCUUGGAUUGCCUACGAUGUUACAAGUAGAUCUUGGAGAAGAAGAAGAUGGUCCCUUCCUGCAAGAGAUCCUACACCCUCUACCUCUGCUGCCUCUCCAGACUUACCUGCGUCAGUAUUUCCCGCAUCUUCUGCCUUUCUAGAUUCACCUGCCCCAGUUUAUCCAGUACUUUCUGCAGCUUCCUCCUCCCAAUAAGUCUGACGAAGUGUUCUCUCUAUUUUUUUUUAAAACUGUUUAUUUAUUAUUAUUUCAUUUCAUUACUGAAUAAAUUAUAUAUUUCCUUAAUGAGCUUUUUGAGAAUUAUGCGGGUUUCUGUCUUAGAAUAGGAUAAAUGCUUACAGUAUUUAAGUACAGUGUUCCGACUUACACUGAAAAUCGGUUUACGAUGUAACUUAGGAACAACUGAAAAUCGGUUUACGAUGCAGCUUAGGAACAGAUUAACAGGAUAACCUGAGGACCGCCUGUAUGCUUUUAACUGGUUUUAUGAAACAUAUGCAAACAUUUUAAAUGUAUUCAUCUCAAUUUAAAUACUUAUUUUAUUCACUUAUUCAUUUUUAAGUGUUUUUUUUUUUUUUUAUUAUUAAAAUUAUAACCAAUACAAAUAUAUAUAUAAUAUAUUGUUUUUAACAGACAUAUGCAAACAUAUCUGUAUAUAUUGUAUGACUCAUGCUAGUUAGAUAAGGUUUUCUAGUGCAUGUAACACACAUCUUAAUUGUGUCUUCAGGAGGUUCUUACAUUCACAAACCUUAA